CACAUUUCACAUUUUGCAACUGUCUUGUGUGGUGUAAUUUGGAGGUAGAUUGACUGUUAAUGGUGUAACAAAAUCAGUGACAAUCUGUUACAAAGCCGAUGACAGUGUAUUUCUCAGUGUAUUGUCACUGGUCAUUACGCUAUUAACCAUGAUAGGGAAGAUCAUGAACUUCGGCUUGCACCAAACCUUUUUUCUGCUGUCCCUCUCACUAACGGACUCCAGUCCCGUGGUGUCGGUGAGGAAUGGGACUCUUCGGGGUGCCUCCAUGACUGUGAAAGGCUCCGAUAAGCAGGUGCAGCAGUAUUUGGGGAUCCCCUUUGCACGACCCCCUCUGGGACCCCUGCGUCUGUCUGAACCCCAGCCUGCAGAGUCCUGGGAGGGAGAGAGAGACGCCACCCAGCAGCCGCCCAUGUGUCCUCAGCCAAUAGCUUUUGUCAACCACAUAGCCAAAGUCAUGGCAAACAAGUUUGCACUACCUGGCCUGUCAGAGGACUGCUUAUACCUCAACGUGUACACUCCUCCUACUAACCCCUGCGCUGGAAAAAAGCUGCCAGUCAUGGUGUGGAUCCAUGGGGGCGCUCUGUAUUUGGGAGGAGCUGCCCAAUUUGAUGGAUCAGUAUUGGCAGCUUAUCAAGAUGUUGUCGUGGUGAUCAUUCAGUACCGCCUUGGGAUUUUGGGCUACUUCAGCACUGGAGACACGAAUGCUCAGGGAAACUGGGGCUUCCUGGACCAGAUAGCUGCUCUCCAGUGGGUGCAGGAGAACAUCGAGAGCUUCGGAGGAGACCCCAACUCUGUCACCAUCGCUGGACAGUCGGCUGGAGGGAUCAGUGCAUCUAUGCUACUCCUGUCUCCUCUGGCAAAAGGAUUGUUCCACAGAGCGAUCUUUCAGAGUGGAGCAUCAACACUGGAGACUUACUCUACCAAGACCCCUAUGGUUUAUGCUGAGAUGGUGGCAAAGGCAACAGGAUGCACCUCCAACUCAACUGAACUCCUUGUGCAAUGCAUUAGGGAGAAGUCCGUAGAGGAACUCAUCAGUGCCGCCCUUACAACUAGAAUACCCCGGGGUGCAACUGUUGACGGCAAGUUUUUGACUGCAUUGCCAGAGGACAUUUUAAAGGAGAAAGACUUUCAGAAAGUUCCAGUAAUUGUCGGUGUAACCAACCAUGAGUUUGGAUGGCUGCUGCCAUUUGGAGUUGUAGCAGAUGGAUGGGAGAAAGGUAUGGACAGAGCAUUCGUGAUGAAAGAAUUAGCCAUUCAUCUGCCACCUACCAUGCCCAUGGAGACCAAGGAGCUAAUUGUGGAUGAAUACUUUAAGGAUGCGCACACACCUCAGGAGAUGCGUGAUCAGUUCACUGAAAUAGUGGGGGACUACUGGAUGGUGGUUCCAGCUAUUAAAGAGGCUAGAUAUUACCUAGAUGUGGGGGCAUCAGUGUACAUGUAUGAGUUUCAGCACCGCCCAGAGGCCUACGAGUACACCAGACCCAGCUUUGUGAGGGCCGACCACUCGGACGAGCUCAUGUUCGUCUUUGGCGCAUGCUUCUGGGAUGGACACAUCAAAGUCACAGGAAAGAUCACAGAGGAGGAAAACAGGCUGUGCAAAACUAUGAUGGCUUACUGGGCUAACUUCAUGCGCACAGGCUCUCCUAAUGGGCCUGGCCUGGUGCACUGGCCUCUCUAUGAUGCCAGCAACAAAUACCUGAACCUGAACCUGCAGCAGAGUGAGGGGCAGGACCUGAAGAAGGACAGAGUGCAGUUCCUCAAGAAUCUCGCUGCAAAUAAAACACAACUGCAAUAGU